AUUAUGCUGUGUGUGCUCAGCGGUGAGUGUCCAGCAGCAGCUCCAGCAGCUCCGCAUGUCCGUCUCCAGGUUCCAGCAGCAGCUGCCGGGCCUCAGAGUGUCUGCAGAUGGGAUCCAGAGGCUGCAGGAGACCAUGGCGGACAUCGAGAGCUCCAUCAGUGUGUUCAAAGACACACAGCAUCAGAGGUUCGAGGAGCUCCUGAAGGAGGAGCAGCGGGUGCAGCAGGAGAUCAGUGUGUUGGAGAGGAGGAUGGAGGAUUGGAGUGUGUGUGAGUGUGUGUGUGUGCGGGCCGAGGGCCCCGGGCCCCGCUCCGGCUCUUCUAAGUUGCCCUGGGAGCGUGGUGAUGCUCCUGUGGAGGUGGUGCAGCUGGAGCGGUUCUUGCAGCAGACGGGCCGGUGCGGCGGCUGGGACGAGCGGGAGCACCUGAGCUUCCUCCGGCUGUGGAAUAAACACGGCGGCGCCGGCGGAGCGUCCUUCAGGGCGGAGCUGCAGCGACACCUGCCUGACCGGAGCCCGCAGGAGCUGCAGCAGCACCAGGAGUGGCACCAGGAGCUGCAGCGGCUGCAGGAGCACAGGAGGGAGGCCAUCCGCAGUUGGAGAGCGGCCCGGCAGCGGCAGCAGACGGAGGAGCAGCAGGAGGAGCAGACAGGGGAGCAGACGGAGGAGCAGACGGAGGAGCGUCGGCAGCAGGAGGAGCGGCGCCGCAGGCAGCAGCAGGACAGACUGCAAGCCUGGAAGAGCAUGCGGGCGCAGCAGCAGGAGCAGCAGCAGCAGGAGCAGCUCCGACAGCAGAUCCAGCACAGCAGGAGGGCAGCAGAGCAGCGGCGGCGGCAGCAGGAGCUCAGGGUCACUGUGGAGGCUCAGGUGCAGCAGAGGAAACAGCAGGAGGAGCAGCGGCGCCGCCAGCAGGAGCAGCAGGAGCAGGAGCAGCAGCGGCAGCGCAGCAGACAUGCAGACGGAGCCAUCAGACUCUUCCAGCACAGGGACUCGCUGCGGCUGGAGGAGAAGCUGCAGCAGAAGCUGAGUGAGCAAGAGGAGCAGCGGCAGCGGCAGAGGACACUCACACAGCUGAAAGAGAAGGUGGAGCUGCAGGUCCUGCGUGACCCAGACAGACUCUGCAGACCCACUAAAGUCUGGCAGGAGCGGCUGAAGGAGAUCGGGCCGUCUGGAGCCGCACCGCUGACGCUGAUGCAGACCUUCCACAGAGCCGUUCCAGCCUGGAGACAAGAGUCGUGAUGGAGGAGCCGGACACACACACACACACACACACACACACACACACACACACACACACACACACACACUCCUGCGGCUCAGCCAGUGAUGUGUGUCAUGUGUGCUGCAGACAGAGCUGUGUGUUCUCCAGUUCCAGAUCACAUUAAACAUGUUGUGUUCUCACACACACACACACACACACAGACACACACACACACACACACACACACAUAACACACACACACACACACACACACACACACACACACACACACUGCUGUCAGGACUCUUAUUCUGCCGUCUCCGGGACCCUCAUGGACCCUCCCUCAGGAUGGGGAUGUUUAAAUAAACCGUAUGAACAUUUA